GUGUUAGGCCCUCAUGGUUUGUUUAUACCCACUUGUACCCGAAUUCAGUUUCUCUACUAAUUUCCACCAGUUCAGUUGUGCUAUUUAAGAUUUUAUGUCAAAUAAGGGAAACAAAUCUCGAAUCAAACAUAUCUGUGGUGGAUUGUGCAAUUUUCAAGAUUUGGGAUUGUUUUUUUGAAAAUUAGAGUAAAGGGAGUUAUGAUGGGAUUUGUAACAGAUAUUUUUGUUUCCAUGCAUGAAUUGAACAUAGAACAAAGGAUAGAGAGAGUGUGUUGACAUUUUGAAUAAUCUUGUCAGUAACAACACUUCUCUUUUAUUAUUAUUAUUUUUUAAUUUUGUUCCAAAUUCAAAUAAUAAUAAAAAAAGAGAAAACAAAUCUCUAAACUUUUAAGGAUAGAAUUACUGUGGAAUUUACAAAGUUUGUUUCUUUAGCAUUCUCUCCUUUUGCUUUCAUCUUAUAGCUUCAAGGUCGGAUCUUGUACUUAGCUCAGAGAAUAACUGUCACAUCUCUAAGAAAGCAUCAACCUUACCUCUGCUUCUUCCCUCUCUUCCUUUGGUUUUGAGUGUUUGAUCGGAGAAGUUGACAAUCAAAAAUGGAGAAGAAGGAGUUUGUGUGCAAGUUCUGUAACAAGAAGUUCCCGUCUGGGAAAUCACUCGGAGGUCACAUCAGGAUUCAUUCGCCUCGGAGUUCACUUGAUCUCACUGGCAAGCACAACAACAACAAGAAGAGGUUGGUUGAUGAGAGAGAGAUAACGCCGCCUCUAAAACAGGAGCAGCAGCAGCAAUGCAGAGUAUGUAGUAAACGUUUCUGUUCUUUGAAAGCUCUCGCCAAUCACAUGGAUUGUCACAACUAUGCUGCUACUUCUUCUUCCUCUGGUCCUCCUACCAUGAUGAUCAAAAGAUCUAAGAAGCAGCACUCCAAUUCUGAUGAAUCUUUUAGUAUUGUGAGCUCGUCAGAGACUGUUCAAGGAGCUAAGGAUCUGAUGUUUUUACAUUUGGGUAGAAAAGAUUAUAACUUUGCUGUGGACUCUCCCGUGCCUGAGUCAUCUGAGAACAUCUCUGAGUUAUCUUCAGGGGAGCUGCUGACAAAAGAUAAAGUUGCUGCUGUUGCUGAUGAUGAUAAUAGUGAUGACGGCUCCUCUGAUGAUGAUUACUUCAUGAAUGGACCAAAGAAGUCAGUCUCGGUUGGUGGGUCUCUUAGGAACACUGGAUUCAACAGCUUCAGCUAUGGUGAUGAGCUUCGCAAGUCCCCGGCGGUUAAGAGAGCAAGUGGUGCAAACAAGACUAGCAGAGGUCGUCACGUGUGCCCGAUUUGCUUCAAGGUGUACAGGUCAGGACAAGCUUUAGGAGGUCACAAGCGAUCACAUACUAGUACUACCAUUGCCAACCAAGAAGAGAGGAUCAAACACAAGGCAGCAGCUGAUAUGCAAUUCGAUCUCAAUCUUCCUGCUGAGGAGGAUAGUGAUGAUGAGGAAUGAACUAGAACAUGAAACCACAUCUCAUCCCCUAGGUUUUGUUCUCUUCAUCCAACUUUUGGCUCUAGAAUUCUUCUAUAAAAAAAACCUUCAAGGUUCUGAGUGUUGAUAUAAUGCUUCUUGUUUCUUAAUGAGAUUAUUCUUUUAUUCAACAUUUUGGAAUCCUUUCUCUGCUCUCAGACCUUAGUAGUAUUCAGAUUGUGACUCAAAUCAA